AAGCAGAAGCCAUAAAAACUCUUUCAGCCUCAGCAGUAAAUGCCAGCCCAGCCAGCUUUGCUCCUGCUGCUACCAACGCUUCCGCUGCCUCUAGCACUGGUUUGGAAGUGCCCAGAGAAGACCUGCCCUGCUCCAAUUUCCAACCCUGUGAACAAAUGGAUUGCUUUGAGGAUGGAAAGUUUUCUACUCAGACGGGCUCCCAGCAGCACAGGGACAGUUGUUCCUGGAAAGAAGAAGGUUUGGAACUGGGUUUCCUACCUAGAAGAGGAACGGAUGCCAGCUGCUCCCCUCAAACUGUUCAGAGAGUAUCAGUCAUUCCCAGAAGGCCGAAAUGGAUUUAAAGUUGGAAUGAAACUGGAAGGGCUGGAUCCUGAACAUCCCUCUCGAUUUUGUGUUCUCACAGUGGCUGAGGUGAAAGGGUUCAGAAUGAGAUUGCACUUUGAUGGUUACCCUGAGUGCUAUGACUUCUGGGUCAAUGCUGACUCCUCUGACAUCCAUCCUGUUGGCUGGUGUGAAAAAACAAGUCAUAAACUGCUCCCUCCUAAAGGUUUCAAGGAGGGAGAAUUUAAUUGGGCUUCAUAUUUGAAGAACUGCAAAGCUCAAGCAGCUCCAAAAAGCCUUUUUAAGACCCUCAGCACUCCUGUCACACCCUCUGGUUUCCGACUGGGAAUGAAGCUAGAGGCAGUGGACAAGAAGAAUCCAUCGCUGAUGUGUGUCGCCACCGUCACGGACAUGGUGGAGAACCGCCUGCUGAUCCACUUUGAUAACUGGGAUGAGAGCUAUGACUACUGGUGUGAGGCCAGCAGCCCAUAUAUUCGUCCUGUUGGCUACUGCCAAGAAACUGGAACCCCUCUGACAACACCACCUGGAUACAAGGAUUCCAAAGCCUUCUCAUGGGAGAAAUACUUGGAAGAAACUAAUUCCCAGGCAGCCCCAGCAAGAGCAUUCAAACUGCGUCCUGCUCAUGGAUUCCAAGUUAAUAUGAAGUUGGAGGCUGUGGACAGAAGAAAUCCCAUCUUGAUAAGAGUGGCAACAAUAGUUGAUAAAGACGACCACCGCAUCAAGAUACAUUUUGAUGGCUGGGACCACAGUUACGAUUUCUGGGUGGAUGCAGACAGCCCUGAUGUCCACCCUGUGGGCUGGUGUGCAAAAACUGGACAUGCCUUGGAAGUCCCUCUAGGUGCUGGUGCUGGAGUGGGAACAGUGGGACAAGUGUGUCCUACUCCUGGCUGCCAAGGUGUUGGUCACGUCAGGGGACCAAGAUAUGGGACUCAUUAUACGUUGGUUGGCUGCCCCUACUCUGAUGUGAACCUCAACAGAGAGAACUUGUUCCAGGACCGCCUGGGUGGGGACAGACCUUCCCCCAGCAAUAACAUGCAGAAAGCCAAGAGGCUGGAGACUCCUGGCCCAUUCCUGUUAGGAGCAGGAGAGUCUUCUCAGGAAGACUCUCCACAGUCCAGAAAAUCUGCACAAGGCAGUGAAAAGUCGUGUCCAAGCAGUGUUCCCAGCCCGUCGGAACAGUCAGAAAACAAUCACGAGAGAGACUGGGGAGAAAAGGAUUCCUCUGCAGGCAUCAAAGCCAAAAGGAAGAAGCUUGGGAGCUCACAUGCCUAUAUAAAGUUCCAGCUGGCAAAACAGGAAAGCAAUGGGAAAGACCCUGAUCUGGAUCUCCAGCAGGCCCUCCACCAGUCCAUCUUCAUGCCUUCCCUGGCCUCCAACCCGACCCACCGCCUCCACCUCUGCUGGGAGCAGCACUGCAAGCUCUUGCCAGAGGUCUCAGGCCUCACAGCCAAACAUGUGGCCAAAUGGAGUGUGGAAGAGGUGGUGAGCUUUGUCCAGCGCUUACCUGGUUGCAAAGAACAAGCAUCUGUUUUCAGGGAUGAGCAGAUAGAUGGUGAGGCCUUCCUGCUCCUCAACCAGAGUGACAUUGUUAAAAUCCUCAGUAUCAAGCUGGGUCCUGCCCUGAAGAUCUACAAUGCCAUUCUCAUGUUCAAGUCUGCAGAAGACAACUAAGAGGAGCCCUUUGGCAGAGCCCACAAGGAGCUGACAGGGAACAGAUCUUCACCUGUGAGCAUGACAACAUGCCAGUUGUUUUGGGACUCAGAUGUGUUUUAAGUAGAACUUAUUAAAAAUAUUUUCUGGAUAUAAAAAUCCUGCCACAGUCUGGAAUAUGGGGCAGCUUCACUUCCAAGAAGAGGAUAUUAUUAUAUUUUGUAAUUGCAUUUGGUUUUGAUAUAUCAAUCUCUUUGAGAUGGAGAAGAAGCCUCCAGUUAUAAGGGGAAUCCAGGGUAACAUUGGUGGAGCUGCAAUAGCAAGAAGAAAGCUGUGAGUAAGUUGACUGCUCUGACCAGUGAUAGUGCCUGAAAGAGAAACUGAGUUAUCACCAGCAUGUUUCGUGUAUUCUGUUUUCAUCAAAACUGAGCAACUCACCUGUAUCCUUCAGUGCUGGGACCCAAGAGCUGAACUUUUCAGGACUGAUCUAUAAGUUCCAGUUGCUCCUACUGGUCUCAGUUAUUCUAAUAGCCUUGGCUACUGGGCUGCUCACACCAGAGCAGAGAGGUGCCCAGGGCAAAGGGUUUCCAUCAGUGAUGACUUGAAGCAUUUCUGGUAAAGACCAAAAAUGUUCUCAUUUGUGUCACCAGAGAGCAGGAAGCAAGGCCUGUGUAGGUGGGCUUUGGGUAGGCAAAGACCCCUCCUGAAGGUCCCUCCCACAGGAGGCAAGGAUAAAUAUUGCAGCUGUGAGUCUCCUGUCAGUGCUUUUAUGCAACUGCUCUUCUGGCCCAGGAACAAACUGGCAGCAAACUGGCACUUGGGAGUUUGAUGGGUUCAUUCUUGUCCCCUCCACUGCCAGCCAGAUGACAGGAGGAGGAGGUGGGAGCCCAGCAGUGGCCAGCACGUGUGUUCAGAUGCAGACACAUUGCCUGGACACAGUUUGCUUUUCAUUUUGAGCAACCUAAGCUCACCAACACUUUGUGCUUGGGCCUUUCCAGCCUCCAGGUGGAUGUUGGUCUGUUCUACCAAAGAGUCAGUGUGUGCUGAGGCACAAGUGUUUCCUGCUCUGCACAGUUUAAUGUCAGUUGAAGUCAGAGCACAGUUUAAUGAGCAUGUCCCUGGAACAGCCAUGUCCUGGGUGGAGGUUUCCCAUACCAUUCCUUCCAGAGCCUGUUGUUCUCUUAGAAUGCAAACCCCUGGGAGAAGUGGUGAGCCCUGUUGGGGCUCUGCUCAGUGUUGCCAUUGGUGCCUGGCAGCAUGCCAGCUCCUGACCUUCCUCUGGCCCCUCUCCCUGGUAAAUAUUUGGUUGUUCUGGAGCUAAGCUCUAACCAUCUCAGCUGGGGAAACCUUUUCAGCCCAAAGCUGCCAGGCUGGGUCCUGUGUGCAUGAUCUCCUCCCCUGAGCAGUGUCCUUGUGGGCAGACGUGCCAGCAGCCUCAGCCCAGGGCUGCAUGGUGAGCUGUCAUCUUCCUCAGGGCAUUGCAUGAUGAGGUGUGAGCCAUCUGGAGGCACCUCAGGCUCCCUCCUGCACUUGGCAUCCUUGUCACCCCUGUUGAGCCCAUUCCCAGCCCUGCAGCUCCUCCCAGAGCCAUCAGGAACUGAGAAUGAACACAGAGCCUGUGACACAAGAACACACUUGGGUCUUCCUUCCCUACUCACUCCGUGUCUUUUGUCCAACCUUCCAGCUGCUGAGAAGGUCCUUGUGACUUGCCUCCAGUUCCUUCAAAUUGUAAACAGAACAGCAUCCAGACCAGUGGAGCCAUUCAGUCCUGGGUUAAUGCAGAGAGCAAUUUGUAUCCAUAAUUUCUGUUUUUGUAUAAGAUGUUGAGCAGUUUAAGCCUUCCACAGAGAAGACACAGGGGUGGUGGGAUAUUUAAUAGCUGAAACAUUAAAUAUCAGCCAGGCAACUGCAGGAGAAUAAUUUAAUGCAGUGUUAAGGACUAGGCAAGAUAGGAAUUUAAUUUCUUAAAAUACGUUUUUAUUAGUCAGGAUAUCCACCAAAAAGAGUCACAUUCCUUUAUCCUGCUCUGUGCAUCCAACAUCAGUGGUAAGACUUGAAUUGUAAGUGGCAUGUCCUGGGCUCUGACACAGCUUGCCUUCAAGGCAGAGCAAAAUUGCUUCCUGACAACUGGAGCAGAGGAUCUGGAGCUGGAUAUUUUUGAUUCUGCCUCUUCACCAACUUGCUAAAUACCCCUGAGCCCUUCUUGGCUCAAUUUCCCCCCUCUGAGAUACCCAGCCAGGUGGGGUGAGGGCAGUUUUGCCUUGCUCUUGUUUCUGCAGCAGAUCCUGCCAGAUUUUCUGUUUUCCCUCCUUCCUUGGGAAACUGAGUUUGGGGACAGCAGAUUGCCUCCAGCAAUAAACCAAAAUAUGAUAUUAUUUAAUCUCUUUUACUAUAUAUAGGUAGAGGAUGAAGAGAAUUGGUGAAACAUGCAAUGAGAUUCUAGUCACUGAAAUUAUUCAAACAGAAGAGAAAUCUUUAAUCCUAGGGGCUUCCAAGCCAGCUGGAUCAAAGAGGAAAAUGUGUACUUGGAGUUUGUUCAGUGACAGUGAGAGUUGUGCUUCCAGCAAGGGGGAAGGAGGAACCCUUGUAGGGGUAGAAGAGGGAGGAAUGUGCUUCUUUUGCCUUUUCUUGUAAUCCAAUAAUUGUCUUUGCAGAGCAAGCAAGAAUGUGCACACAUCCAGGACUGACUCCUUUUCCAAAUAUAGCUGCAUUCUAAUAAAAUCAGGCAACUUCACCAGAACACAAGGGCAAAACCAUUUCCAGUGUCUUCACUGGACACAUCCUAAAUAUUUACAAGACAGAAAAACAACUGGGCCAGCUCAUCUUUUAGCCCCAUCACUUGGGGAUUCAGUGGUCGGGGAGAGCCACGUUCACGUGUAGCUCCGUGACUUGUUUCUGCUGCCAGACUCUGCCUGUACAAGCUCAGCUCUGCCUUGUCCCAGUCCUGACCAAGGCCUGUGUCAAGGUGAGGGGUCUGCAGGUGCCUCUGACUGUACCUAAUGCCUUGUUGUCUCAUUUGAAACAUGCACUUUGAAGCAGAAAAGCCAAAAGUUGUAGCUCCCUGGGGAGCAAAGCUGAAACCGAUUAAUGCCACCUGGUUUGGGGAGGAUUUUGUUGUCUGCUGAAUGUUAGCAGAAACCAGGCCCAGCUGAACCCAGAGGUCACCUAGAGAUUUAUUUAUAUUACUUAGAAGCAUCCUGGAGCUGUGACAGCUUCCCAUGGGCUGGCAGUGCAGUUGGGAAGUUUCAGUUCUCUGUUCAACUGGAUCUUAUUCCUGGGUAUGUUUUUGCUCCCAUAUCCCUGUUGCUGAACUCCAAAGCCAUCAGUCUUUUUCUCCUUGGUAGAGAAUCCUGUUAAAUUUCUAUCUCUGCCCUCACCAGUGAUCAUCCCUGUAAUCCAGCAGCAGCAAAUUUCUGCUCUGGGUAAGAAAUUGCCCUAAAGUUGGACAGAAGCAGCAAAACUCCACGACCAAAGGGGCGGAAAAAAAACCUUAACCCACCAACGUUCAGCCCAGGGGAUAAGCUAGUUCAGCUGUAGAAGAUUUCCUGCCUGCUACUUUCAUGCUUUUAGGGAUUUAUGCCACAGCAAGCUUUAAAGUUUCUGACAUCCUCUCCAUCAUGUGAUGAGCCAGCUUAGUUUUGAAAUUCCUCUUGACUGGAACUGGAAACACGUGCAGGGGAAGGGAGCGCGGACCCGCUGUCCCGGUUCAGCCUCUGAAAUGUUUGGCCUCUUUUAAACCAAACAAAUACUUGAGCUUUUUUGGCACUAGCCAACUUGAGUUGCCCUCCACCGAUGCUUUCUUCUGGAAAUGUGAAUAAAAUUAAUAUAAGUUCA